AUGAUUAAAAAAUUAAUAUUAGAUCCAAAGAAUGUAUCAAUAAUUAAAAAUGGUAUUAGAAAUUAUUCAAAAUCAAAAUCAUUUAUUCAACCAAUUACAACAUUAUCAGAAGAGGAAACUUUAUUAAAAGAAACUGUUGCAAAUUUUGCAAAUGAAAAAGUUAGACCAUUAGUAAAGGUUAUGGAUGAAACAUCAGAAUUAAAUAAAGGAUUAUUAAAAGAUUUAUUCGAUAUGAAUUUAAUGGGUAUUGAUAUUUCAGAUAGUUAUGGUGGAGCCAAUAUGAAUUUUAUGGGAUCAAUCAUUGCUAUUGAAGAAUUAGCAAAAGUUGAUCCAGCCAUUAGUGUAAUAGUAGAUGUACAAAAUACACUCGUUAACAAUUGUAUCAAUCGUUAUGGUAGCAUACAACAAAGAGAAAAGUAUUUAUCAAUGUUGGCAACCAACACAGUUGGUAGUUUUUGUCUAAGUGAAUCAGGCUCAGGUUCUGAUGCAUUCGCAUUGGCAACUCGUGCAGUCAGACAAUCAGAUGGCACAUUCGUUUUAAAUGGCACUAAACAAUGGAUCACAAAUGCCAAAGAGGCAGGUGUUUUCAUCGUUAUGGCAAAUGUCGACCCAUCACAGGGUUACAAAGGUAUCACUGCCUUCAUUGUUGAAUCUAAUAAUCCAGGUUUAAGAAUUGGUAAGAAGGAGGAUAAAUUAGGUAUUAGAGCAAGCAGUACUUGUGAAGUUAUUUUGGACAAUUGUGUGGUAAAACCAACUGAUAUCCUCGGUGAAUUGGGUAGAGGUUAUAAAAUUGCUAUCGAGGGUUUAAAUGAAGGUCGUAUUGGUAUCGCUGCUCAAAUGUUGGGUUUAGCUCAAGGUGUAUUCGAUUCAACUAUUCCUUACUUGAUGGAACGUAAACAAUUUGGUAAACCAAUCGCUACUUUCCAAGGUAUGCAAUUCACUUAUGCAGAUUUAGCUGUAGAUAUUGAAGCUGGUAGACUUUUAACUUAUAAUGCAGCUCGUAUUAAAGAAGCUGGUCUACCAUUUGUUUUCCAAGCUUCAAUGGCAAAACUUCAUUGUUCACGUGUCGCUGAAAAAGCAGCUUCUGCUUGUAUUUCAAUGUUGGGUGGUGUUGGUUUCACUAAAGAAUUCCCUGCUGAAAAAUUCUUUAGAGAUUCAAAAGUUGGUCAAAUUUAUGAAGGUACUUCAAAUAUUCAAUUACAAACAAUUGCAAAAGAAAUUGUUAAAAAUUUUAAUAAAUAA